AUGAACGAAAAUCAAUCGAUAAUAAAAAAUUAUUUGCUCAUUUUAAAAACACUUCAUGGUGAUCCAGGAGAGAAUCUGACUGUUGUUAUUAAAGGUGAUAGUGGACAAACAGAAAAACUAUCACUAGGAAAAUCACAGUCACAUCAUAAAGCUUUUAAACAUAAUCAAACUGAUCUUUUUUUACUCUUGUCCAAUAUUGAUGUAGGCAAAGUUGUUCAACUUGAAUUUCAUAAAAAUUCAACGUCUAAAUUUAAAGAAUGGAAAUUCGAUCAUGUUUUCGUCAUCAACAAAACUCGUAUCUAUCGUAAUACUACCUUGGAAUACUUUCUUCUAUCAUCAUCAUCGAAUGAUACGUUUUCUGUGGUGAAUCUUACUGAACCAAUAACUGAAUCUCAAGAAAGUUGCUACUAUGCAUUUAUAAAAACUGGAAAUGAUUCAUGUUCAAAAGCAUGUUAUCCUGUACUAUCGUUAUUCGGUAAUAAUCAACAACAGACAAAUAUCAAUUUGAAAUCAUCCGCUCGUAUUCAUUCAUCAUCAACGAACAAUAGUAUUGCUCUUGAAAAAUAUCAAUUUGAUAUAUUUCAAUGGCAAGAUCAUAAUAUUGGUAACAUUGACCGAAUGCGUUUACAGUUGUGUUCAGAAAAUAAAGAAUCAAAAUGUCGAUGGCCUAUCGAAUGGAUGUUUAUUAUUCAUCAUGGAUACAACUUCACCGGGCGUAUUAUAAUUAAUCGAAUGUUAAUAGCCGAUCUAUCUAUUGACAUUGCUUUAGAACAAAAAAUAUUACCUAUUCCAAGCGAACAUGGUGAUUUCUGUAUUAAUGAGAAAAAACAGGAUAAUAACAUGUUUUUGUCAAAUAUUUUAAAUCAACAAGCAAAUGCAAUUACUGAGGAUGUUGGUCGAUAUUAUGUUAUAAUUCGAAAUGUUGAUGGAACUAGUGGUGAUGUUUACUUAAAUUUUCAUGGUGAUCUUUUAUCAUCAUCAGGCGAACAACAUUUAUUAAAAUGUGAAAAUUAUCCCGAACAUCAGUUCACUAGUAAACAUACAGAUCUAUUUCAUAUAAAAGCUUUGGAAGUGGGCCAUAUUCAAUCUGUGUCAAUACGUCUUGAUCAAACAAAUAAAGAACAUAGUUUAACACUUGAUAGUUUAUACAUAAUACAUAAUGCUACAAUGUAUACAUGUGACUCGAAACAAACUACUUUAAAUAAGGAAAAACCGAACAAAAAAUUGACUUGUCUAUCAAAACCACCGGCACCAAUCGGUAAAGUUUAUUAUUAUAUUGCCACUCAUACAGCUGAUAAAAUGAUAUCGGGAACAAAUGCAAGUUUUAAAGUUGUAGUAACAGGAACGAAAGGAAUACUCGGACCAAUGGAAUUAAGAGAAUCAUUGACAAAUGGAAAUAAUCCUUUUGAAAAAGAAUGUAUUGAUUUAUUUCAUAUUGAAGAUGAUGAUAUUGGUGAUCCAAUAUCUAUAACAAUAACAUUAGAACCAAACGGGCUAAUGUCAAAUAUAUUCAGUGGUGUCAAAUGCGAACGAAUCAUGCUCGUUAAAAACGGUGAAUAUAAUUCCCUAUGGCAACUCGUUGGUGAUCUAAAAAUAAAAGAAUCAAAAACUAUUCCUUUACCUGCACAACAAAAAAAGUCGAUUCAAGAAUCGAAUAAAAGCCAGAUCAUUUCUGUGCAGGAUUUAUAUCUGCAAGAUACUAAUGAAAUUACCCCAUUGUACAAGAUUGAUCAAUUUAAUUCACUUAAAAGUAAACUUCACAAACAUAAAGAAAAAAUAUCAACGCUAAAUGAUAUUGAAAAUUCUCUUUCGAGUGACAUUCGUUACGAUGAUUUAACAAUGACUGAAAUAGAAGAACAUCAGAAACGUCAUAUAUUUGCACCUACUCUACAUGAAGCCGAAGAAAACUAUCGAGAAUUAAGACGUUUAUUAAGAAAAAUGAAUACACCAAUUUCAAAAGCAAAGAAAAUACAAAUGUCGCAGAAACAAUCAAUGCAUUCCACUAGAGAAAAAAACACUACAAUUUCUUAA